AGGGCCCAGGUUGCUGCUACUCCGACGACAAUCCAUGGACAUGCUUUACAUUCGGGUCAUGAUCUCCAUCUCCAUCAUCCACACCGUCCAGGUCCCAUUCAGAUCCCUAUAACGACUGCACCUGCACCUUCCUCAUCCGGUGCAGGGGUUAUAUACGGGCAAUCACCUCAGUCUACAAUUCAGGCGUCAACGCCACUGUCGUCUUCUUCAUCUUCGCAACUAGCCUCCCCACCAUCUGCUAUUCCCACAUCCCCUUAUUUCGCUAGGAUGCAGGUGCAGCCUCCUACUGCUGCGGCAGGCGGUACGGGUGUAGGCACCGGUGGAGGCAUCGUUGCUUCGGCGGCGGCGGCAGCGGCGAACACAGUAGGUAUCAAUCCAAUGACCGGAGCUGGCGGGUCGAUGAAUCUCGUUGGUAUGAGCCCUACGGGUAACUCUAACUUCCCUAGAUCUACGUCGGGUAUUGUUAUACUCGGUCAAGGGUCCGGACAAAAUAUGACCGCAAGAUCGACUCCUUCCCCAAACAAUAGUGCAGAAGGCGGGAGUCCUCAUAUUACCGUUCAAUCUCGACAUGCCUCAUUUUCUCUUCCUCUUCAUGCGCAUGUGCAUUCUCAACAGCAGCAUGGGCAGGGUGGAGGACAGCAACAGAUGUCUCCGGCUGUCGCGGCCUUCGGAUCUGCGGGUCCUACAUCUCCUACCAUGAGUAAUGGUGGCAGCGUACAGCUCCACCCUCGUAGAACAUCGUCUCCGCCUCAACAUUCUCAGGUUCAGGCUCAGAAUCAAGCGCAAGGGCCUAGCCCUCGAACGAAUUUACCGAGACGGCUAACAUAUCCUGCUCUUGCUCCCCCACCUUCUCCCUUGUCCCAAUCGUCGUCAUCGCAAUCUAUGCUGGCACCGUCGCAAAUGGCAACUCAGGGACAUGGACACGGACACGGACACGGACACGCGUACCCACAGGUCCCGUACGGACCACAUGGCGGGCAGAUCCGUCCCCAUACAUUCCCUGUGCCACCUCCCCCCUCGAGCAUGAUGAGUCCUCCCCAAACACCCCUUUCUCACCACUCUCCUCAUAGUGUCCCUUCGCAUGUUCAAAGAGCAAGAGGACAGUCGGUGAGUGGUUCCAGCCCCGCUGCAGGCCCGGCUUCGGGAUCAGGUGCCGCUCGUGGUGGCGGAAUCAGGCCUCGGACAUCAGCCGAGGCGGACGAAUCAAAUGUGUUCUUUCAUCAAGUGGGUCUUCUAUGAAUACCUUUUUCUUCAAUUCGUCUCCGUGCAAUUGAAAAA